AUGCGGCUGCUGUGGAUGUCGGGCAAAGGCGAAAGCUCGAGCUGCCAACACCAACCACAUCACGGCCGAUUACAGUGGGAUGAAAGACGAAUCGUGCAGAUAGGCAAUCUUUGUGGGCUCAAGUCUGGAAAUCAACCGACAUCAAGAUCAACAGGGCAAAUAUUGCACAAUCCGAACUUCCUGUUCCACAGCUGCUGCGAGGAGCGCCGUCUACCUGCCGCAUGUGUUCAAAAAUGUCACUUCAACACCUAUGAAAAAGAUGCGCUGGAAGCGAUGUUUGUUGGCACGGACGAGUGCCCAAUCGACUUCCUUCCCGAGAUGCAAUUCUGUGCUGCACAAGGAAUGGACCACACUAAG